CCUUCCUUGUUGUCGGAAACAUGGCGUCGCAGUGCAGCCUCUCUACUUUGUUUCCCAUCCAGACUCAGCUGGAUUUGGCCCUGGACGAGGCUGCGACGCCGCAGGAGGAGGAACAUCUGGUGCUACAGCAUUUGAAAGACGUGGACGAGAGAGAGGACCUGAACAUACCGGACUUCCAGACAGGCUUGGAAUGGCUGAACACAGAGGGGCCUCUCUCUUUGCACAAGGAUCUGGCAGGCAAAGUGGUGCUGCUGGACUUUUUCACCUACUGCUGCAUCAACUGCAUGCACAUCCUGCCUGAUCUGCACCAGCUCGAGGAGAAACACUCUGUCGAAGAUGGAUUGGUCGUUGUUGGUGUUCACUCUGCCAAAUUCCCCAAUGAAAAGGUCCUGGACAACGUGCGCAGUGCCGUUCUCCGCUAUGACAUCUGCCACCCAGUGGUGAACGACAGCGAGGCGCGCCUCUGGCAGGAACUCGAGGUGUCCUGCUGGCCCACGUUGGUCCUGCUCGGGCCACGUGGCAACCUACUCUUCUCCCUGGUGGGCGAGGGCCACCGCAACAGGAUGAUGCUUUUUACUGACAGCGCCCUUGGUUAUUACAGGCAGCAGGGCCUGCUGAAGACGCACACGGUGGGGAUCAAGCUGUACAGAGACUCCCUGCCACCCAGCAUCCUGUCAUUUCCUGGGAAGGUUGCUAUAGACAACAGCAAGAAAAGACUGGCCAUAGCAGACACUGGGCAUCACCGAAUUCUUGUGGUGUCCUCUACCGGACAGCUGUCACAUAUCAUAGGAGGGCCUGAGAGUGGAAGACAAGAUGGCGACCUGUCUGAAGCUUCCUUUAAUUCCCCUCAGGGUGUGGCCAUUAAAGGAGACGCCGUGUACGUGGCCGACACAGAAAACCACCUGAUCCGGAAGAUUGACCUGUUGGAGGAAAGAGUCAGCACUCUCGCUGGCACAGGAGCUCAAGGCACAGACAAAGAGGGUGGGACCACAGGACCUCAGCAGCCAAUCAGCUCUCCUUGGGAUGUGACUCUCGGCACUGCCGGCGGGGUUGAAGAUAAUGUGCUGUGGAUAGCCAUGGCAGGGAGCCACCAGAUCUGGGCUUUGUUUCUAGCAGAUGGAAAUCUGCCCAAAGGAAGUUUGUCCAAGGCAGGGACUUGCAUGCGAUGGGCCGGCAGUGGCAGCGAGGAGAACCGGAACAACUCCUACCCACACAAGGCCGGCUUUGCUCAGCCUUCAGGCCUGGCUUUGGCCCCCGAGGAGCCCUGGAACUGCCUGUACGUGGCCGACAGUGAAAGCAGCACCAUCCGCACCCUCGCACUGAAGGAUGGCGGUGUCAAGCUGCUGGUCGGGGGAGAGAGAGACCCGAUGAACCUCUUUGCUUUCGGGGAUGUAGAUGGGAAGGGCGUAGAGGCCAAGCUGCAGCACCCCCUCGGUGUUGCGUGGGCUCCUGAACAAAGCCUGCUCUAUCUGGCCGACUCCUACAACCACAAGAUCAAGAUGGUGGAUCCAAAGACAAAGCACUGUUGCACAUUAGCAGGGACAGGAGAGGCUGGAGAUACUCUGGGCCCUGACUUUAACAAAUCCUGCUUCAAUGAACCCGGAGGAAUCUGUGUCGACAGUGGCGGGAAGCUUCUCUAUUUGGCAGAUACCAACAACCACCAAGUCAAAAUUCUGGACUUGACCUCCAAGACUGUUUCACUGUUCCCCAUAUCUAUGGACUGCACCGACUCCGUAUCUGCAAAACCUUCCAAACCUGCCAAAGCACCCACGCUGCCUAAAUCCGCCGCCAAGAAAGCAAUGCCACCAGUUGCAGUGUCUGUGGGCCAAACCCUCAUCCUGUCACUUACCCUGUCCCUUCCAGAAGGAACCAAGCUCACCGAGGAGGCCCCCAGCUGCUGGGCCCUCUCCGCUGAGGGUAGCGAGUGGCUACUAGACGGUAAGGUGGUUACUGGUGACAUUUUGGAUCUGUCCAGGCCCCUCUGCAUCUCAACCAAACUUCCAUCUGUUGUGAAGGACUCAAACAGCAAUCCAGGUCUCACUUUGAGUGUGUGGGUGUACUACUGUAUGGAGACAGGUAAAGCCUGUAUGAUGAAAGCAGCCUCCUUCACUCAACCUCUCCAAGUAAGUGCCAAUCGUGGGGAGGAACAGGUCACUGUGGCAUUGACUCAUGCCUUCUGAAACCACUCUCCUUUCUUGGCCAAAAACAACCCAAGAAUCCACUUUCCCAGAGACGUCAGUUAAAAACUGCUGAUCUCCGCUCAUAUUUUUUGCUUCUUGCUCUGGAAAAAAAAAACAGAAAACACAGAUCUUUUCUGACAGAGCGGCAAUUUUUAUCAAAAAAAUACCUUUCAUAUAAACUUAAUUUUCUGGAUUAUUUCAUUUCAGACCACUCCAAAGCCCUUUCGAGGAAACAUAAUGCAUCAGUUCUUUAAUGUUCUGACAGUUAUUGAUAGGAAUGCAAAUAGAUGCAUCUCCAGGCAUCUUUAUUUAAGGGUUGUCCAGCAAACACAACAGCAGCCUAAAUAUCUGCUGUACAUCAUGGUUUAUUUAUGCAACAAAAUCAUUGGUAUUCAGAAAAUUGUUUUAAAAUGUUCAUUUCAAAAACGCCUUUUUUUGUCAGACACAAAGUAUAAUAUUAAUAUAUAUCUCUGUGAAUUUAAUGAGAAAUUAAAAAAAAAUAAUGCUUAUCUUAUUAGCAGGUGGUGAUAAUGGUGUCAGUGAUGGAUACACAAAUAAACAGACUGUCCUUGUUGUGGAGGUUUUAAAGCAAAUUCAGAUAUAGAAAACAAAAUAUAGAUCUGCCUCAUUUUCACCUGAACCACCAGAUGGAUGUGAGAUUCAAAGACACAGUGGAAGCCUUCUGUUGUUUCAAACCAUUUUUCAUAAAAGUUAAUGGAAUUAAAAAAAAGAGAGAGACAUACUUACUUGAGCUGAUAUUUGAUUGAUUCAGAGGUUUCAUUCUGCCUGUGCUCUCACGAGCAUUGCUUUUGAAUGCUAAUACCGAGUUACGGCCACUUACUCAAAAAUAUGAUAUUGAAAUCCCAAGAGGGAAAACCUUUUCCUUUAAUCUCAGUCCAGGGAAAGAAGCAAUAAGUGAAACCUCCUGAGAGGUUUAUGAGACGUUAUCUAUGCAUUAAUAUAUUUAAUAUGUCCAGCACCUGAGUAUUAAUUCACAUCUUUUUACUUUGUACGUACUCUUUUUUUAAAUUAUAUAUUUCCAAGUAUAUGUAAGCGUUUGCUUUAGUUUAGUCAGUCAGCGUCGACGAUCCACUAAUGGAGCUUUCAUAAAUAUUUGUCUACAUACAGCAUGUGUCACCGCAGACUGAGUAAAGUCUCAAGUUGUUUACGGAGUUCAGCAUCUCUGAGGCCACACUCCUCCUAUUGUUCUCCACAUCCGCUCUCUGUGUGACCGAUUAUUCUUUUUAAUUAUGAUUAUUUAUGACACAAGGACCCCUUUUGAUUUGGACCGUAAGAUAUUGCCGUUAUGUAAGUGACUGAAUGAAUAAAGUGCCUGUUUUCAAUAAGCGACAGUGACCUCUUGUGAACCGAUGGCUACGGCUCGCUCCGUGCACUGUGGGAUAUUGUAUUAAGAAAAACAAAGUUGCAUUAAAAUCUCUCUCUGCGCAUUUAUACGCUUUAUCUCUCCGCCACAAAGGGAACAUGAUACGAAAGAGAUGCUCUAAUGACGAGACACUGUAGUACACUCACUGUGGGUUUUGUUGUGUAAUAUGAUAUGAUAAUGUGGAAGUUGUCAUUUGUCAUUUUUCCCCUUAUUGGUUUUCAAAGUUACGUGCCGUUGUCAGGGAAUGGGGCCGGCGAGUGUUUUGAUUGUCAUCAUGUCUCAUAACGUCAUCCUGUUUGGUUUGGAUCUCUCGUCGGCACCAGUGCCUUUUGGAAAACAGUACAACUGUACAAAUGGUAUGAACCGAUGACACUUUGACUGUAUCAGAAGCAAUAACAAUAUAUUUCUGUAAAGGGAAAAGAGUUUUAUUCCCACAAGUUUCUUUCUUGUUUCUCUUCUUUAAUUUUUUUUUUCUCAAAUGAACUGCACACAUUUUGCCGGGGCGUUCUCUCCGCUCUGCGAUCCCUCUGGAAUUUUUUAAUGAACAGUAAUGAGCUUGAGUGGCUACUGGUGGGGGAAUAAGUUCCUGAUAAUGUUUUUUAAAAAAUCUCACCACAUUUCUUCCCACUGUUUUCGCCUUUUCAAGGCGCAUUGUGGCAUGCUUUUGUCCUCAAGGGUAGCUUGUUAAAAUGUCUACUUGUCACUGCUGCUCUUUAAGAUGAAGGGGGGAAUAAAAGAACUAAUAAAACAUUUUUACAUUG